ACCUGAUGUCAUAUUUCUUUUUCUGAGGAUGACUAAAAGGUUGGUCCAGGUAUCAUGGCAUUGCAAGUGGAACAAUGGCACAGUAAAUAUGAUCUUGCCAUCAAGCAUUUUCUACUUAAUUAUUGUCUUAUCAAACGUUCACUGUAUGGAAUAUUAUGUGGCUGCUGUCUAUGAACACAAUUCUGUACUGAACCCCAAUCCUGCAGCUUUGACUGACCGCAUUUCUGCAUUGCGAUUUAUGUCAAAAAAUCUAGAUAUCUAUGAAGAGCAAGUGAUUGCUGCAGCAGAAAAGGGGGCCCAAAUUAUUGUCUUUCCUGAAGAUGGUAUCCAUGGAUUUAACUACAGUAGACAAUCCAUUUUACCCUAUUUGGACUUUCUCCCACCUGACCACUUGUUGCCAUGGAACCCAUGUCUGGAGCCCCACAAAUUUAGUGAUACAGAGAUUCUCCAGCGACUUAGCUGCAUAGCGAAGAAGGGCAAAAUGUUUUUGGUGGCAAACCUAGGGACUAAGGUGCUUUGUGAUCCUCUGAUUUAUCCUUGCCCAUCAGAUGGAAGAUUUCAUUUUAAUACAGAUAUUGUGCUUGAUGACAAAGGCACACUUAUAGCCAGGUAUUUUAAACAAAACUUAUAUUUUGAGUAUGGUUUUGAUGUUCCACCUGUGGUCCAGAAUGUGGUCUUUGACACACCUUUUGCCAGCAAGUUUGGCAUUUUGACAUGCUUUGAUAUACUGUUUUACGAGCCUACAGUAAGCCUCAUUGAGAAACACAACGUUAAACAUGUAAUUUAUCCAACAGCUUGGAUGAAUCAGCUCCCACUUUUGUCCGCCAUUCAGAUACAGAGAGGCUUUGCAACAGGAUUUAAAAUUAAUCUUUUGGCAGCAAACAUUCACCAUACAACACUGGGUAUGACAGGCAGUGGCAUAUAUAGUCCAUCAAACUCAUUCUACCACUAUGACAUGAUGACUGAAAAUAGCAAACUUAUUGUAGCCAGGCUUCCUGUAAAUCCCUCAACAGACAUGUCUCUUGGAUCCGAUGUAAAACUUUCACCAGUAAAUAAUUAUGUUCAUAAUGAUCCAGUACAAUUUCUACCCACCCAUCCAGCUUGUGAAAAGGAGGAAGAAACAGAUACCUGCAGCAGAUCAGUGAUAGAAGAUCACAUUUUGCCAUCUGUCUUUCAUGCUGAGAUGAUGUAUGACAAUUUCACCUUUAUUUCCCUGUCCAGAAAGGAAGGAAUUGUGCACGUUUGUGCUCGAAGACUCUGCUGUUAUUUGAAUUACAAGAAAGAUGUUUUAUCUAAUGAGUUUUAUGCUUUGGGUGUAUUUGAUGGUCUUCACACAGUUCAUGGGACAUAUUCACUUCAGAUUUGUGCUGUGGUUAAAUGUGGUGGCUUGAAGCCCAGCACCUGUGGACACGAGGUCACUUAUGCCAGUAGUGUCAUAAACUUCCAGCUGUGGGGUAACUUCAGCACUGGAUACAUUUUCCCCCUUCUGCUUACAUCCAAUGUCACGUUAGUGUUACCUCACCACACGGGCUGGGAAGGAAAAUAUUACCACAUGCAUGCAAACAAAAUGUCCUCUGGAUUAGUGACUGGUGCUUUAUAUGGAAGGUUGUACGAUGAGGACUAGCAACAAUAUGAGCAAGAUUGUCACUGAGCAUUAUGUCUAUUUCGUUUAAAGUUUUUUAUUUGAAAGGGAUAUAAAAUAUUCAAUAAGUCACAA